GGUGCUACUAACAUUAGAGAAGCGAGGCAGAAGGAUAUGUUUUUAUUCGUAGCAAAACGGAGUCGUUCGUCUAUUGUUAGCAAUACAGCGCAUUGUCCGUCCAUUAUAGUUAAAAGCACUUUUACAGACAUGUAGGUGCCUAGCAUGACUUAUUCACCGAGUUACAAAUACACAACGGUCAUUGUACAAAUUAGAAGUUGUACCAGUUUCUACUCUUUGUGCGCACUACUGCAGCCUGGGAUUGGAAAUCUGGGUUUGUUAGACUUCUCUCAAUCCAAUUUACCGGAGGGGUGAUGGAGCUGGACACGGGGUUUCUGAUUUCCGUUGGACAGGAACGCGGCAGGGACAGGAAUCGGACGUGUUGACUGGAGUGGGGGAAGUAGGAGAGAGAGGGGGAAGUAUGACUUUUAACCUUAUUUCACGAUUAACUAAUUACGAUUAACUGAUUAAUAUAUUCAGGCGUUAAACUCAGGUUACGAGAUAUACCAAAAGUACCAACAUCCAUCCGUCCAACACUAAGAAGAAGCUAACGUCAUCAGAAAGUGAAAACACGGAAAUGGCAACUUCUGCGUCACUCUGCUGUUUUAUGUUUCUCGGUGUCUUCGGGUUUGUCUCUGCAGACCAGGAAGUAAUCUCUGGACAGAACGUAACUCUGCCAUGUCGUACAAAUAACAAGAUCCCUAUCAUAGCAGUAAAGUGGAGCAGAGCUGACCUGGGGGAGAAAUAUGUCCUUUUUUACCGGGAUGAGCAAUUUGUUCCAGACAAACAGCAUCCAUCUUUUAAGAACCGGGUGGAUCUGCAGGACAGACAGAUGAAGGAUGGAGACGUGUCUCUGAUUCUGAACAAUGUGACGAUUAAUGAUGCUGGAACCUACAGGUGUCAAGUUGCCCAGAGAGAACCAAACCAAGAGAUAGCCAAUUUAAAGAUCAUCAACACAUCCAAACUCAGCAUUGUUCCUCCAGGUCAGACAGGAGGACAAGUGAAGGAUGGAUCUGUUGGACUGAAAGUUGGUCUGCCAGUUUUUGGGCUGCUUCUUGUUGUUGCUGUUGGUUUUGGAGUCUAGACAGAAGCAGACUCGACAAUCCAUGCUGAAUAGUCACUUGUUUGAAAUGUCACAAAGAUCGACUCUGAGUCUCCUGCUGAUGUUCUGAGUUCUCAGUGAUAGAAAACAGAUGAGCUGAUGAUAGACAGAAAUUAACAAUGCUGAAGAUUCAUCAGGUAGCUGUCAAACUUGUAGAUUUUUAUUUGAUUUAAAUUUGUAUGUGAUGAUGAAGUUGGAUUAUAGAGAAUCUUUUCCCACAAGAUUACCUGUUCUGCUACACCUGAAUAACUGAGGUUACUAAUAUUAGAGUAUUAUGAAACCAAAAAAAGUUCCAUGUAGGUCCAAAGUCAUUUUCCUCUGAAACUUCAACUGUUUCUUUCAUGAAGGAGACUCAGUUUAAACAUUUCAAGAGCUGGUUACAUAUAAUUUUAUUUUUAUACGAAUUUGUUUGGUCAUUGCUGAUAAAUUUGACGUUUUUUUUAAUGUAUGUAUUUAUGUGCUUUAUUUGUUUGCUCUCUGUCACCGUAAAAGUUAUUUAAGUCAAAAGCUUUUUUUAACCAGUUAAUGCAGAUUUUACCCACAUUGGAGUCAUUCAAAAGCAAAUGUAAUAGUGUGUAUAGUGUGAUUCAAUAUACACGCUGAUGUAUUCCCGCACUUACAGUUUGUUAUUCAUGUAACAAGUUGUAAUUGUUACAUUAGGUUUGUUGUGCUGUUUUACUUGGUAAAUGAAAAGUCACUGUUUUUAUUCCAGCCGGAGACACAAGUCACAAAGGUGAUAUUUCUACAUUAACAUUUAACAUUUAACCUGAAACUGUGUUUAUGAGUCAGCUGCUUCUGAUCAGGAUAAAUAAAUAAAUGAUUGUGAUCAUUUGUCA